CUUUUCUACAAGGUUUUGUUCAGAGUGCAAAUGUAUCUGGGAUAGCUAUAAUGUUACUGCAAAAAAUCGCCUCCAUUCUGUAUUGAACAGUAUUGCGUUUUUAAUCAUAUAUUUAAGUAGCCUAAGGAAGAAUGGGAAUUGUUUCCCAUGAAGACGAAUUACGAUACAUCAUGAAAAUCGAGUGAGCAUUUGAUUUUCAUUGAAUUAACUCGAUACACAUUUGACCAGUAUCGCUGCGCCAAUGUAGUGACGGUCUUUCAAACUGCUGAAGUACUUCGCUGAGAGACUGGAGCGGUUGUUUCGCACUGAGUAGGUCGCUAUGGAACGCGCACUAUCCACAGAGCGAGCCGGUGAUAAGGGUUGGUCGGGAUUGCGCUAGUAUAUUGGAAAUUCAAAACGAUUUUGGAAUAAUAGUGAAGUGAAAGUAAGGACGCCGAGGAUGCGAAAUCUUCUUGGUAGAAUACACGAUGGAAAAACGCCUGCCAUGAACGGAAGGUGUUAUGAUGGUCAGAAUGGGCUCAGGACCGAGGUAUUUGCUAAAGUGGAAUAAGAUAAUGGAAGCCUGACCUAAGGGGACUCCUCCACUUCAUUAUCCCUGGCCGGAUCACGGUUAACCAUUCCCUCUGGUGUGGUGGUUAGAGACGUGCAGGCUGUGAUUGAUGGGUGGCGCCCUGUGAGUGAACCUAUGGCAGUGAAACCACACAAUACAGGUUCCUUUGUGUGAUUCUACCAUGGACCACAUCCUCUUUUGCCUGCUGGUCCUGGGAACCGCAGUGUUGAUGGCCCAUGCAUGCCCAAAGUACUGUGUCUGCCAGAACCUGUCCGAGUCCCUGGGGACCCUGUGUCCCUCCAAAGGCUUGCUCUUCGUCCCACUGGACAUUGACCGGCGCACUGUAGAGCUCCGGCUGGGCGGCAACUACAUCCUCCGCAUCACCCAGCAGGACUUUGCCAACAUGACCGACCUGGUGGACCUGACGCUCAGCCGCAACACCAUCAGCUACAUCCAGCCCUUCUCCUUCAUCGACCUGGAGACCCUGCGCUCCUUACACCUUGACAACAACCGCCUCACAGAGCUCGGUCCUGAUGAUCUCCGGGGCCUGGUCAACCUGCAGCACCUCAUCCUUAACAACAACCAACUGGGACGCAUCUCGGACCGGGCCUUGGAAGAUCUGGCCCCCUCCCUAGAGGAUCUGGAUCUGUCCUACAACAACCUGAGGAGCCUGCCCUGGGACUCAGUCAAGCAGAUGGUCUCCCUACACCAGUUGAGUCUUGACCAUAACCUCCUGGUCUUCAUCCCUGAGGGGACCUUUACUGAUCUAGAGAGACUGGCUCGCCUGGAUCUCACCUCCAACCGACUCCAGAAGCUGCCCCCAGACCCCAUCUUCGCCAGGGCCCAGGAUUCAGUGGUGAUGACCACUCCCUACGCCCCUCAGCUGUCUCUUGGCAUCGGGGGGAACCCCCUGCACUGUAACUGUGAGGUGCUAUGGCUGCGGCGGCUGGAGAGGGACGACGACCAGGAGACCUGCGCUUCCCCUUCCAACCUGAAGGGACGCUACUUCUGGUAUGUGAGGGAGGAGGAGUUUGUGUGCGAGCCGCCCCUCAUCACUCAGCACACCCACAGGAUGCUGGUGCUGGAGGGCCAGGCGGCCAGCCUGAGGUGCGAGGCCGUUGGAGACCCCACCCCCACCAUCCACUGGAUGGCCCCCGACGAUCGUGUCCUUGGCAACUCGUCCCGUACCGUCAUCUACGGCAACGGCACCCUGGAGAUCCUCAUCACCACCUCCAAGGACUACGGUACCUUCACCUGCAUCGCGGCCAAUGUGGCCGGGGAGUCCACCGCCUCAGUGGAUCUGUCAAUCAUCCAGCUGCCCCACCUCAGCAACGGCACCGGUCAGGGCUCGCAGCCCAAGUCCCGCCUCUCGGACAUCACCGGCACCACCAGGAUAAGCAAGGGGGUUCCAAAGACACCGCUGGAGAAAGUGGUCACUGUGUCAGAGGUGACAGCCAUUUCAGCCCUGGUUAAGUGGACCGUCAGCAAGGCAGCGCCCAAGGUAAAGAUGUACCAGCUCCAGUACAACUGUUCCGACGACGAAGUCCUCAUCUACAGGAUGAUCCCGGCCUCCAGCCAAGCCUUCCUGGUGACCAACCUGGUGUCUGGGACCAAGUACGAUCUGUGUGUCCUGGCCGCCUGGGACGACACAGCCACCACCCUGACGGCCACCAACGUGGUGGGCUGUGCCCAGUUCUUCACCCGCGACGACUACACCCAGUGCCAGUCUCUCCACAGCCAGUUCCUGGGGGGCACCAUGAUCCUGGUGGUGGGUGGUAUCAUCGUGGCGACGCUACUCGUCUUCAUCGUUAUCCUGAUGCUGCGCUACAAGGCCACCGACCAUGAGGGGGGUGGCAACGGGGGGAGAGGCAAGCUGACCAGCGUUAGUGACACCCACUCGCAGACCAAUGGGGGCCGGCUGGGACAGAAUGGUGUGCCCCUUCCCCUGCCCAAACCCAAGGCCAAAGUGACUCUCCAGGACGAGGUGGUGGAGUUUAAAUGUGGCUCCCUCCAGAGCACCUCGUCCUCGUCCUCGUCCUCGUCGGGAGGCUCGAUGGUCGGGGGGCGGUCCUACAGCCCCAACAGCACCCUGGCCAACAUGUGGAGGCAGGCGGCCCCCUCCAAGCCCCGGGCCAACCUGGAUCACCUGCUGGGGGCCUUCAACUCCCUGGAGCUCCGGGGAGCCCAGGGCAUGGGCAGGGGAGACCUGGGGGAGCCCUCCUCCAGCAGUAGCACUCCGGUGGCGGGUGGCGAUAGGCCCCACACGGACAGGGAGCCCCUGCUGGGCCGGACAAUGGACUCGCGGCUGAGCCGGCUGCUCAUGCUGCCUCUGGACUCCAAACCAAAAAGGAGCCAGUCGUUUGACAUGGGGGACUGUAUGGAUGCAGACAGACAAACAAACCAAGUGAAGGCUUCUAGCACCUCCACUGCCAACACGCCGGUAUGCAGCUAUCCGCGUCGCAUCAGCAACAUCUGGACUAAGAGGAGCCUGUCUGUGAACGGCAUGCUGCUACAGUGUGACGAGGAGGGGGAUAUGGGGGGGAGCAAGGGGACCUUAGAUAGCCAAGAGUGGGUCAUGGAGAGUACUGUCUAGGAGAGAUGAUGACAUGCUUUGUGUCUUCUAAAACACUGCCCCAGAGAGAUGGCAAUACGCCUCAGUUCUGAUAGACCCACAGGCUAGAGGAGAAGUCCCUGCCUCCUCCCUCCCUCCUCGUCCAGCAUGGAAUUCAUUAAUGUUAAUCCUCCAUUGUUGUGACAGAUAAGUACAAAGUUCCCCCAAGUGGGUAGUCGGCUAACGACGCUUGGUGGAAGAAGCUGAUUUGUGGAGUGAGGUUGUUUUGUGUUUGUAUGUGCGUGUUCUCUACAUGGGGUCAGGGAACGCACAGUAAUGGUCAACUACAAACUACAAGUAAGGCAUGCAAUGAAACCUAGGAAAUGGGAAGCAGGCCUGUUGUUCCUAAGGAGGGCCGUGGUUUCUCAGACACAAGGAAUGUGAAAAAAAUCACUGUAUUUGUUGACUUGUAAAAUGGCAUAACAGUGAAAGUCCCUCUUGUUACUGUUGCUGAGAUGAUGGGCCAAUCAUGGCCCUGGACUACUACUGCUGUAAGUGAAUCUGAAAUAUGUAAUGAAUUUAACAAAUGUACAUGUUUUAUUAUGCUGAUCAAACACACGUUGUCCAAUACUGUUCUUCCCCUCUGUACAAGACGGGGCUCCGACUACAAUAUUUGCAUUAUGAAAAACCUCAAUAUACUGUCAGGUCCAAAAUGAUUGGCACCCUUGAUAAGGAUGAGCUAAAAAGACUGCACAAAAUAUAUAAUAGAAAUACUGAGCUAUAUUGUAUGCAAAAAAAAAAAAGGGACAUUAUAAUAUUUUAUACUAAUACAAAAUAGAGCU